AAAGACACGCCCACAUUCCGUCCCCUCAUGGUGGACUGAAGCAGCGUUGUUUGUACCUCCGAAGUAAACCUAGCUAUAUCUGUGUUUCUGUUUGCGACUGUGUGGGGUUAUAUGGACUAUAUGCACUUUGUUAUCGACUUUGAAACGAUGAAGUAAAUGUCAGACGACAGAAUUCAACCUCACACGAAACUUUACUCUUGAAUACUGGAGUUGUUAGCUUGUUAUGCUAGCUGGCUAACAGUGCUGCUUGUGUAAAAUGAAGACCUCAAACGGAAACAGCAGUAUCAUGGACAUGUUUGAAAAGGGGAAGGUCCUGAAAAUAUGUGCUCCGAUGGUACGAUACUCAAAACUUGCAUUCAGGUCCUUGGUGAGGAAGUACAACUGUGAUAUCUGCUUCACCCCGAUGAUAGUUGCUGCAGACUUCAUGCGAUCGAUCAAAGCCAGAGAUAGUGAAUUCACUACCAAUGAGAGUGACCGGCCCCUGAUAGUGCAGUUUGCCGCCCAUGAUGCCCAGACUCUGGCUGAUGCGGCCUGUGUGGUAGCACCUUUCUCAGAUGGAGUUGAUCUCAACUGUGGCUGUCCCCAGAGAUGGGCAAUGUCAGCUGGGUAUGGUGCAUGCCUCAUCAACAAGCCUGAACUUGUGAAGGACAUGGUCAGACAUGUCAGGAACCAAGUGGACAAUCCAAACUAUACAGCCUCCAUCAAAAUAAGAAUUCACAAGGACCUGAGGCGGACGGUGGAUCUGUGCCAGAAAGCUGAAUCAGCAGGUGUGUCAUGGAUAACAGUUCACGGCCGUACAGCAGAAGAGCGCCACCAGCCAGUCCAUUACGAUGCCAUAAAGACAAUCAAAGACAGCGUGUCCAUCCCCGUCAUUGCCAAUGGGGACAUAAAGUACCUCCGUGAUGUGGAGUCCACUCACCAGCUUACUGGUGUCGAUGGUAGGAGACCCUCACUAAAGAUGACGCUGCAAUGGACUGCUGUGGCCAUCUUUCUCUACGUGGAGAUAGGCGUCCUUGUCAUCCUCUGCAUACCCUUCAUCUCAGCCAGGAGGUGGCAGAGUAUAUUCCAGCUGAGGAUCUGGAGCUGGAUGGCCAGAUUCUGGAACAAAGUGUUUCUCACAAUGAUCAUAGUACUUAUUGUUCUCUUCCUUGAUGCAGUACGUGAGGUGAGGAAAUAUUCAUCCAGAGAGCUUGGCACAGAUGCCAAGGUGCAACCUAACAUGUAUGAUCACCUGCACAUGAAGCUGUUCAGAGCCCAGAGGAACCUCUACAUCUCUGGCUUUGCCGUCUUCCUUUGGCUGGUCAUGAAGCGAGUGGUCACCUUGAUCAACCAACUGGCAGCAGUGUCCGGCACUACAGCUGCUCUUCAGGCGCAGGCUGACAAUGCUAACAAGGCUGCCAAGAAAUACAUGGAGGACAAUGAGCUGCUGAAACAGACUCUGAUGGAGGGGAAGGGUGACAAGGCCACUGCAGAGGGCAUGGAGCUGCUGAGGAAAGAAGUGGAGAAACUGAAAGACGAACUGAAGACCUCAGGAGAUGCCUUGAAGAACUCCCAGUCAGAGGCAGAUGUGAUGAGGAAGCAGAUGGACGGCCUCGCCAGGGAGUACGACAGACUGCUGAAAGAACAUCAGGAGCUCCAGAAUCUUCAAGAUAGCGGGAACAAAAAGGAAGACUAGUUUUUGGAAAGUCCGUCGAGGUUGAAGUGUUUACACAGCAGAUUAGCCCAGCCACAGAGAGACACUGCAACACAUGCUUUACCUUCAUAUAUCACCGUGUGUCACAGUGCGUAUCACAAAACCAGGAGUGGCUACUCUGAGGUACAUAUUUUUUGCUGACGUCAGUAAUGGUUUUAAAGCAUGAAGGUGAAUUUUUGUUAGGGCUUCAGACUUGCUUAAAUAGCACGAGUAAUAGAUGAUUUCCUGUUCCCGCCUGGAGCAGUCUGACUUAAAGGAUUGCUUUUUCAUGUGCACACUAUAUCAGGCAGAUUAACUGUGUGAAGGAAUUGGAGGAAAUUUAGUGACUGUAUUGUUAAAGAAAUAUGCAACAAGGAUGGAUGUUUUUACGGCUUGUGUCAUUGGUUUUAGCAAGGUGUAGGUGUAAGAUCUUUGAAAAGCUAGAGCAGUGACGGCUAUGAAUGUAUUUUGAUACGGAGGGUUUGUGUCAUUAUUUGUAGUGGGGACAUCUGCUGCACCGACUUAUGCACAACAGUAUGGAAAUUCAGUUUGUGCUCACCUGGCUGUGUGAAUAUAAUUUGCAUGUACACUUGCACUUAGUCAAAUCGUCUACUCACUUUUUUUGGGUUGUAUUCCAUUUGAUAAUGUGUACUUUUUAUUUAACCUGAGUAGUUGUGGUGAAUGAUAAUGGUUAGAGAUUUCUAAUUUCCAGUUUUCAUGUUUUUUCUUUUCUUUUCCUCUGUAAUUUGAACUUGUAAAUGUUCAAGAAAAUUUGACAUAGUAGAUCUAUGGAUACAAGUAAAAGUAAAUAUUUGUAGGGGUAGAAAAAUUGGAUUAAACCUCUUAGGAUCUUGUUUAAGCUUUAAAAUAUGAUAGAUUUAAUCCUAGUCAAAGGUACAACGGUUACCACAGACAGCUCAAAUUGUUGUAUAUUUUCUGCACUGCGCGUUUCAAGCAUUCAUUUUUGGGAUAGUGUGAGAGUUGCACUAUAUGUGUCAUGAAAGGAGGCUGUAUGGUUUUUUACUCCCCCGAUCCUGGGACCUGUCACUGUUAAAGAGGAGCUGAGACUGUAAUCGCCAAAUGCUUCAAUGUCCCCCAGUUGUUUUACGAUAAAUAAGCAGGUUAUUGGGUUCACCACAGUUUUUAUUCAGGUCGUAAAAUUGCAAAGAUGCCCUUAAGUUGUGCUCUGACAUUUCUGUUGAAGACAGGAGUCAGAUGAAAGUGCCUUGUCGGUGGAUGUAGUACAUUUUUGUGAAAUAAAUACAGAUACAAUUCUU